GGAGCCCGCCGUCCCGGCACGUUCGGGUACCUCCGGCCGAAGUGGCGCCCCCUCCAGUCGGAGUGGCUCGCGACCGUCGCCCGCCAGUUCGGUACUGACUGUUGUGAAGUACGGUGUAUUGAGACUGUGAGCAAUGGUUACCGGCAGCCCAGCACCGCAGGCCAGGCCAUCAGACUCCAACAGGAGGAGCAACAAACCUAUUAUGGAAAAGCGAAGACGGGCGAGAAUCAAUCAUUGCCUUAACGAGCUGAAAUCACUUAUUUUGGACGCGAUGAAGAAAGAUCCAGCUAGACAUUCCAAGCUGGAGAAGGCCGAUAUCCUGGAGAUGACGGUGAAGCACGUAGAGUCGCUACAAAGGUCCCAGGUUGCUCUCUCUGUCGCGGCAGAUCCGGCUGUAGUCAACAAGUUCCGCGCUGGAUGGGGAGAAUGUGUUGGCGAAGUCGACAGGUUCCCAGGAUUGGAUUCUCAGGUGAAGAAGAGGCUCGUCGAACACUUGUCCUCUUGCAUGGAGAGAUCCACAGAGCCCUCACCAGUGGUAACCCUGGUCCCUACCAGGCUGGUGAACGGAGACAUAGCCCUGGUGGUACCCUGUUCGCCUCAGCAGCACAAGGUACCUCAGCAGUCCGCAGCAGUACCUCAACCUGCUGCUCUCCCUCAACCAGCUUUACCACCACAACCAGAGCCCCUCAGCCUUGUGGUCAAGGAGGAAAAGCCUUGCUGGAGGCCAUGGUAGGCGUUGAAGUACCCCAUCAUCAUUGGAGCUCUUAUUACUAAGAUAGCCUUUACAGCCGUAAUCCACGAAACAUCACUGACUAAUAAUGUCCCCUAAUUUAUGGUUCUUGAAAUUAUUUUCAAAUGGACAUUUAUAUAAAUCAUAAAUCAAAGAGUAGGUAGAUAAAUAUACGUGCUUAGAAAACUAAAGUGAAUUUUUCAAGUUCAUAAGAUCGAAUUAAAUAAUUUCAGGAAAUUAUAAUUUUUAGGUUUACUUCCUUGACUUUAUUAACUUUGUACAUGAGGAAAACACACGUAAUCUCUAAUAAAAAAUAUUUAAUAAACCAUAGAACAGAACUCAGAAAUUCUGAAAAAGUAACUAUCAACUGGGCAUUGGUUGUUAUUUGAGUCUCUAGAGUUGAUGACAACUUAUUUUAUAAAGCAUAUGUGAUAAACUUUUUGUUUAUUAAGGAAUUUUACAAUCUGUCUCAAUUAAGGACAUUUAUAAUAAUAGUGUUCAGUGAGCACAAUGUGAUAAACUAGAUAAGUAAUUGUACUUCAAACAAAGUGAUUAUAAGUUCUUUCAUAGAUAACAUUAUAAAUGUAGGAGUAAAUAAAUUUUGUACAAAUUGGAAGGAAACAUAAUUAUUGUUCUCUUUGAUCAAUUUAUUGAUAUCUUAUUAUUUAAUAACUGUGUUUUGCAUAUAAUAUAUCUAUAUACUAUAACCAACUACUGUUCUAAAGAAAAUUAAUCAUAAUUAUUUUUAAUCGUGUUUCUUUUUUUGAAUUUGUAUUAUUUAAUGUGGAUGUGCCUUAAUAAUGUAAUAAUGAUCUCAAAGAGAUAAAAGAUGUCUUGAAAUCUCUCUAGGUACCUUCCGUAAUUGCAAAAUGUCUUAUGAGUGGCAAUAAAUCUAGAUUUAUUAUUUUUGUAAAUAUUGUAAAUAAGAAAAUGACUGAUAUUAUAUAUAUAUAUAACUAGAGUUUUAUUAAGUGCCUUAAACAACAAAAUCUGAAAGUCUUCCCUCUUAAUUGUUUUGUUGUUUCACUAUUUGUAUAAAUUGUGUAUACGAUAUUGGGAUGUUUAGCAAUUAAUUGUAUAAAAAUAUAUUUCUUAAUUAAAUA